GGCAAGGGAGAGAGGGAGAAAAGAGAGAGGGAGGGAAGAAGAGGCCAAGAAAGAGAGGGCGAGAGAGAGAGCUACAGAAGGCGACGCUCUGCUCGGAGCGCUCACACAAGGAGCGACCACGGCCCCGCUUACACUUUCAAAGUCUGGAUUCUUUCACCUCUUGCUUUGUCUCGGAUUUCUGUGGACAUUUUGUUUUCAAAGUUUUUUUUUGUUUUGUUUUUUUGGUACUGGCUGAACUUUUUGUUGUGGUACCGAAGCGGUGGACCAUCUCUCACCACCUCCUGGGACUGGAAGAGAGCGGUGCGGGGACUGGUGUUUGAUUCUGUAUCAAUGAACUUGAGGGUUUUAAGUGUGUGAGGACGACUGGGAGUGAAGUGUUGGAGGGAGGACGAAGGCGCCCCCCUGCCCUCCAGUUGCUCAGGCUGAGGUGAUCUGACUUAUGGAUGUCAAAGCAUUCCUAAAGAGCUCCUGAGGAAUAAACAAACAGCGCCGAGAAGCGUCCAUCGUACUCUGGUACAAAAGGUGGUGGUUGUGGGUUGGAGGAGGGGGCCUCUCCUGCUCUUGUUCCCUCUCCCUGCCGCUCAUCUCAGCAUGCCCCAGCCCCUGAGCACCUCCACAGCUCCUCCAGCUCCACUACCAUGUGUAGAUGGACAGUGACACAAGGUGCACCCGUCGCCUGGCUCUCCUCCCACCCCUGCCACCGCAGCUACGCAACCUCCACGCGCCUACUCCCCCUCGCUUUCCUUCUCUUGCUCCUCCUGCUUGGACCCUCCUCGUCCUCGCCCCAGCCCUCUCCUCCGCCGCUGAGUUUCAACCAGAGCCACCAUGCCGGAGGAGGGAGCCCGCCCCAGGAAACCCCGACAUCCUCCAGCUCACCGUCGCCCCUGCACGCCUCCUCUGCCAGAUUGCCGCGGGCGACAAACCUGUCCUUGUCCUCCUCUGCCGUGGCAGGGCGCCACGUGCGCAGCAGCUACAACCACCUGCAGGGAGACGUCCGCCGGCGAAAACUCUUCUCCUACCAGAAGUUCUUCCUCCGCAUCGACAAGAAGGGGAAAGUCAACGGCACCAAAAGUGAGGACGAUCCGUACAGUAUUCUGGAGAUCAAGUCAGUGGACGUGGGGGUGGUGGCCAUCAGGGGCCUCAGCAGCAACUACUACCUGGCCAUCAGCAAGAAGGGGGAGCUGUACGGCGCGAGGGACUUUGGCCCCGACUGUCGCCUGAUCGAGCGCAUCGAGGAGAACAAGUACAACACGUACGCCUCGGCCGAGUGGCGCAACAAGCGGAAGCACAUGUUUGUGGGACUCAACGCCAACGGCAAGGCCGUCAGGGGGAAGAAGACCAGGAGAAAAAACACAACCACUCACUUCCUGCCCAUCGUGGUGCAUCCACGAUGAUGGGACGUUGUACCGGCCGGGGGGGCGGGAAGGGGGUUGGUUCUGCAGACUGCUGAGCAUCUGGAUGACUUUGUUUGGAAGCUGACUGAAGGCUCCUUGAUGUGAAGGAUGCACUGGGUAGGAUGGACACCAUAAAGACAUUCUGCAUCUGUCAGAUGAGGACAAUUUUAUUUUGAAAGAAAGAUGCUGUAUAUUGCUAUACAUGUAUAGAAUAUUUUCUGCUCUAAGUUAUAAAAGUGCGCUGGCACAGUAAGAAAUAAGGGAGUAAUAAUAAUAAUAAUAAUAAUAAUAAUAAUAAUAAUAAAUGUGAUCAGCAGCUUGUGGGAUGGACUGAGAAGUCAGAAGAGAAGGUCGGAGAAGAUGGAAACCAAGUCAAACAAUAUCAUGGGUUUUCUUUGAAUUUAUUUAUUUUGUGUAAUAUUUAACAGAAAACAUGCUAAAGAGGCAGUUGUCUUGUCUUUUUUACCCUUUUAUCCUUCUCUCUUUUUUUUAAUACUAUCUCAUUGUAAAGCUGAAUAAAUAUGGAAAUAUAUGUGUCUUCAACUUCUUUGAUCCUUCUCACAUAUUUCAUUUAUCAUGGCUAACAUGUGGAAAUGAUUUCACGUUAAAU